GACCAAAAAAUAAAUCAAAUCAAUCCAAAAUAGCAGAAUCGUCAUGGGGUGCUGCGAGUCGGUAGAGGUCGAUAAAAAUGGCAACCAACGCCGCAACUCGGCGUCCUCGAUGUUUCAGUCGUCUGCCUUUUCCAAAGGUAGAAAGCGUGGGGAAGAAACCGCUCUCCGAAAGGUGGACUGCAUCGACGAGUCGAGGGAAAUCAUCUGCGGUGGGUUGCGACUGAAGUACGCCUACUUCAGCCAGAGGGGAUACUAUCCGGACUCUCCCAACAAGGCCAACCAGGACGCCUACAGUGUAACGGAGCGGGUCGGAUCGCCCGAUUCGAACGACGCAUUUUUUGCGGUCUACGACGGACAUGGUAUGAACGGAGACCAAUGCGCACAGUACGCCAGGGAUAAGCUGCCGCUUUACCUCGAGAAGUACAUGAACAAGGCAAAGGCAAGGGAAGCAAAGAAGCCGGAAACCAAGAUGUCCGUCAAACAAUCCUCGAGGAACAUACAGAACGACUUCAAUCCCCUCGCCCACAUCGAGCUGUCGAAGGAGCAGAUGCAGAAAGCGUGCACCCGUGCCCACGUGGACUGCAACAACGCCAUGCACCAGGACAUCGACGACAGCCUGUCGGGAACAACCGCGAUCUCGGCCUACAUUCACGGCCGUCGGAACCGCGUCACGGUUUGCAAUGUGGGUGACAGCCGGGCGGUCCUCGGAAAGGCGACCCAGUCGACCGGCUACGAGUACGGCCGGGGGCAGGCGCUCAAGGCCUAUCCCCUCUCCCGUGACCAGACGCCUUACCGCAAGGACGAGCGCAUACGCAUUCGGAAAACGGGUGCCCGGAUUCUCUCCCUCGACCAGCUGGAAGGAUUGGAGCCGAUCUACAACCGGGACGACGAUCCCGACAACGAUGAGGGCGAUAUAGAACUCGGCGAGGAGCUAGACGAGGGUGGCGAUCCGCCCCGCGUGUGGAGUCCCGACGGGGACUACCCCGGGACAGCCUUCACCAGAUCUCUGGGGGAUGCCAUGGCCGAGGAACUCGGAGUUUUUGCCGAACCCGAGAUGCUGACGAGGGAGAUCAAACCUGAGGACCGGGUCAUCGUCAUUGCGAGCGAUGGGAUUUUCGAGUUUUUGACCAACCAGAGCGUCAUCGACAUUUGCGCAAAGUUCACGGAUCCCCUCAAGGCCUGUCGCGCUGUGGUGGCCGAGAGCUACGAGCUCUGGCUUCAAUACGAACUCCGAACGGACGAUAUUACCAUCAUUUGCAUAUUCGUCGAGGCACUCACGGAGCCAUCCGUCAUGGAGACGGAAUACGUCGCAACGCAUUCAACCCGCAACGAUUCCCAUAGUGGCGAAGUUACCCUGGCAUCGGGGGCCGCACGUCCUGUGAGAAACCGGAUGACCAAGGAAAAGGCCCAGGAAAUCGAAAAACUCAAGAAGAAUUUUGUGGUCGACGAAGCGGACCUCGCGGAGCUCAACAAGGAAGUCGAUCUCGACGCGCUCUACACCCACAAAAGCGCAUCGGAGAAAGCAAGAAUCGCGGACGCCAUCAAGACCUCGGUCAUGUUCCGGAACGUUACCGAUGAUCAGCGCGAAUUGAUCUACGGUGUCAUGGAGCCGAUCCGAGUCAAGAAGGGUGAUUGGGUGAUCAAGCAGGGUUCGGUCGGAGACCGCUUCUACAUCAUCGACGAGGGAUCUUUUGAGGUCCGAAUCCGGGGAGAAGGCGAGGAGGACGAUGGCUCCGGUGGCGUUCUCACCCACAUCUACGAGGGAUCCGCUUCGAAGCACCUGCACCCCUGCUUCGGCGAGCUGGCCCUCAUGUAUUCGGCCCCCCGGUCCGCCUCGAUCAUCGCCCGCACGGACGGCAUCCUGUGGGCCCUGCACCGGUCCGCCUUUCGACAGAUCCUGGCCCAGUCGCAGGGGACGCGGAAGGAACUCAUGAAGACCCUUUCCAAGAUCCCCAUGUUCGGGAAACUCUCCAAGGAACAAAUCACCAAGCUGGCGGUCUCCUUUGACGAGAUCGCCUUUGGCCGGGGCGAGAACAUCGUCCAGCAGGGCCACGUCGGGGACUCCAUGUUUGUCAUCACCUCUGGAACCUGUGGUAAGCAGCAAAAUCGAAAAUAGAUUCUGGAUCGUUUUGUUUGAAACCUGUUGUCUCUGUUUCUUACAAGACUACCAUGCAUUGCA